UACAGCCGCAGGGUCUUUGCGACGGAGGUUGCCGCAAGGCCUCGUGUUUUGUCAUGCUUGAUCGAAGAGCCCAGUUUAGGGCAUGCAUAUGCCAAUUAUGGUCAUGACAACAAACUGGACUUGAUUUGAGCUAAUUUGUCAUAAAUGCAAACCACUGAUACAAACUAGUAUAGUCUAGUAAUUUAGCACUUAUUAAAAUUUGAAGAAUUUCCUUAGAUUUCCCGAAUCUUGGCAGAUUUCCUGAAUUUUCCUUCAUCCUGAAUUUUUCCUUUUCGAUAGUAAAAUUUCCUGCAAACAGGAAAUUUCCUGCAAUGUGGAAACACUGUUUUAAAUUCAGGGCAUUUUCAGAGGCAUCAGGACAGAAUGGCUCAUCUCUGCAAGUUUAAAAAUACAAUUUUCAGUUUAGGCUAUUCAGGAAAAGUUAUCUUUAGGCAUACGAUUCUGUCUACACGCAGUGUAGUGACUGAAAGUACACAAGGCUGUACUCGAGUGCAUCUCAGUGAAGACAGUGAGUGCAAUGACGGUGAUGAAUUGAGGACAGUUGAGAAACUUAUCUCUGGUAAUUUGCUGGUUUAUGAUGACUUUAUUAGUGAAGAGGAAGAAAUGAUGUUAUGUGAAGAAGUUAGACCAUCUUUAGAAAAGACAAGUUACCAACACGAACACUGGGAUGAUGUAAGUACAUUUAUACCGUAAAAGAACCCUGUCUAUUAUUAAUAGACACUUGCCUUGUUAAUACAUUGCUGGCAGGCAAACUCCAAUUGGCAGAUUGCAUGGGGGGGGGGGGGUUCACAACGGUUAAGGUCAUGGCCUGGAAAAUGGCUUUACCUUGCCGACCCCCCCUGGAUUUUUGUCCCUAAUUACCCCACCCCCUGGAGUUCUGUGGUUGUUUUCAUCCCUCCCCCUUGAUUUUCCAAGGGCUUUUUAUGCCCCUCCCCUGAAUUCUCCAUUGUCCUCCUCCCCCUGUGCAAAAAGUAAAUGCAAUCUGCCAUUAUAAAUUAAGUAUGCUCUAUUGUGAUUCAACUAUGACUGCAAUUCACAAUUAAUGCUCUCUGGUUCUGUGCAGGCUCACUUUUCUCCCAGUGAGCCUGUUCGCAGGCUAAGGGAAGGGGUUAGAUUCGGGUAAGGUUUCGGUUUUACUGUGUGAAACAACCGCUUGUCAUUUAAAUGAAUGUAUCAAAUUAAUUCACAGACAAAUAGCCAAAGCAAUUGUUGGUUCCUGUGACCGAACAAAUAACAACCUCGUUCCAUUUAUCCACAUGCAUGCAUGGACCCCCUCCCUACCUCCUGUUGACAAGAUCUCUGAUUUUAGACCACUGUUUUUUUAUCCCCUUGAAAUCCAUUAUUAAAUUUGGGAAAUAAAUAUGUCAAAUAGCUAUAAAAAAUUAUAGUUAUCACCUACCGGUACCAAGUGUACAGCUUUUAGCAAGUACAUUGGCUAUGUUUGUUUGGCAUACUUUUGCAAGUUGCCAAUCACACAUGAGGUGCAGAUUCUGAUUGAACCUAAUCAAGCAUGGAAGUGAGAUCCGCACUCGAUUUGACCAGAGACUGUGGCAUCUCUUUUUGUAUUUUGUUUUGCUUGCUGUUCCUUUUAAAGAGGUUUUGAAACCAGAGCAAAAUUAUACCUCUGGACAGAAAGGUCACAUAUUAAUCAAGGUGCACACUAGUAUGUCAAGCCUCAUGAUAACUCCAAGUGCAAGAUCUUCACACCUUUAUACAUAAACCAGAAUGCAGCCUCGCUUGCGCUUCUACCCUGAUGGAAGAAAAUCCCUUAUAUUUAAAUGACUCCAAAUUUUCUGAGCAGAGCAUGGUCGUGUGAUUGUUCAGAGCUUUUUCAAUUACUCCAUUUACAAGUGAGAUUUGACUAGGAUUAGGUAGAACAAACCGCAGGAAAUGAUGUGAAAAUACGGUGUCAGCUUGUUAAUUUCCACUGUGUAUUUAUUUAACCCAUUGAUGAGUACAAUCAUGUGGCAUUUUACAGAUAAAAUGAUAAAGUAGGGCGCAUUAGGGCACAACACAACUUACAAUAAUUAUUAAGUUCAUGCACAUACUGCACUGCAGACAUUUAUCGAACCUAUUGAGCACCAGCACUCAACGAGUAAAAUUGUCUGGCAUUGGACAGAAUAAAAUAAUAGUAUGGACUAUGGUGCAUAUUAGAACACAAUCCAACCUAAUUGGUUAUGUUAUAGUACUGUAUAAGGUCGUACAGUACAUAUCUUGUGUGUACAGGCAGGGGUAGUAUACGAAACAAUCUUGAAUUGUAAUUUAUGGCACUUUUCCAUCAUUUUAUAGGAAAGGGGUGCUUGAGACAUGGUGCAUCUAUAUUAUGUUCUAAAAGUUUAUAUAGCCAAUUGAGUGGCAGCACUUCUUGAUGAGUAAAAUUAUCUGAUGUUACACAGAGUAUUUUAAUACUAAAGUAGGGUGCAUCAUUCAUUUUGCCUCCAUGAAAUAACAUUUCCUGCAUUUAGCCAAAAUUUUUGAGCAAAAAUAUAUGGCCAUUUUAAAAGAGGUUUUUAAUGGCGUGUCGAAGAAUAUACAACGAUGACUGAAGUUAUUUGAGUACUUUCUUCCUUUUGCAGUGAAUUAUCCGCCUGUGUCACAAUUUCGUCAAAGUAUAUUGUGAAAAAUAUAAUUUAAAUUACGGAGAAAGAUUGAGUUUUUACUACUGUACAAGGAUAGUAGAAGAAGAGUACUUAUUAAUAUCCUGCAAUAUGUCAAGCUUGAAAUUAAAAACUGGUUGUCAGAAAUAUUGUCACUUGAAAGUUUCGCUUUGUCAAACAUAUUGGCUCACGGUUUCUUUAUAGUUGUUAAUUGUUUCUUGAUAUGAGCAAUUACUGUAUGUUCGAUUUUCCAUAUAUGCAAUAUAAAUGUGUACAAUACAUGUCCAUGAUUUUGAAAAAAAAACAACUAGUAACUAAAGUUUAAUUUUCGCCUUUUCUUCAAAUUUAGAAGUAUAAUACAAUCUACCAAGUAACAGGUGCGCGCAUUUGAAAUAUUUAUAUAUGGCAGACGCAGUUCCUUUCUUAAUUUCAACAUUAAACUGCUCAGUCCUCGAAAACGAGCUUUCGGCAAUGUUGACCUAAUUAGAAUCUAGUCGAAGUCCUACAACACGAUGCUAAACUUUCAACAAAGUCAUAAAAAACUUCUGAAGUUGUUUUGUGCGAAAAUCUACAGCCGGUUUAUCCUUGCAUGCUUAUGGAGAGUUUUUAAUUUUUUGUUUGCUAAUGUAUCAGACAUACUGUACUUCACACCUGAAAUCGACCUUCGACAUAAGAACAAAUUAAUCGUUCUCCAUGCAACACCUUUUUCAGUCAUACUUUGUGUACUGUAUUAACCGUAAACAAAAUGUGUAUUUGUUACAAGAUAUAUUACGCCUGUGUUGUUAAGUUCUAAUCCUGGAAACUUGUGAAUUAUUCUAAUGAAGAAGUAGGACUAUAGGAAUAUAUUAAAAAUACGGUCAUAGGAGAAACGAAAUUUGGAAUUCGUGUUUGCUAGUGUUUGCAGCUGAUUCGAAAUUGCAAUUCCGAAUCCGAUAAAAAAAAUUGCAAUUCCGAAUCCGAUAUAAAAAAUUGCAACAGAUGCCGAUCUACGUCAGAUUUAAGUAGGCUUUUUUUGCUGGCCUUGAUUUUGAAUUGUUUUUGUGGGUUAAUUGCUAAACUUCACAUCUGCUGUUAUACAUUACGUCAAUGAUACAAGAGCAAUAUAAUAAUAUAGAUGCAGUAGUCUUGUAUUGUAGAAUGGGUCUUAAAAGGACCAUUGUCUUAAAUCGUAAUUAUUGUUUAAAAAAUAAAUAAUCAAUCUGUGCAAUGCCAAAUCAAUAUAGGCUAUACAUGUGCACUUCAUUUUAAAAAUACGGCUGUUAUUGGCAUUGACGGUAAUUCAACAAUGUGAAGCAAUGAGAAAUUUCUCUUAUUUUGAGACAAAAAUUUGUCAAUUUGCAGAGACGGUACCUUCGAACAGAUUUGUCGUAAAUCAAUUGAUCGCAUGUGGCUUCUACGGCGUGCUGUUUAUUUUAAUAGUAUUGCUUAACAGUAUUUCGAUUUUAACCAUCUCACGUUCUUCUCAGCUGAAGGAGAAAGUCUGCUACUUUUUAAUUUUCCUUCAAUCAGUAGUCGACUUAAUUUUUGGGUUAAUCGUUUUACCUUUACUCACAGCGUAUUCCAUUGACCAAGACAUCACACGUACACAAAACGAAGUUAUAUGUUGGCUUUAUCAUACGAUAGGAUUUUAUCCAAUGGCAUUAUCUCUGCUAAUGUUUUGCGGAUUAAGCUUUGAGAGAUAUAUGGGUGUUGUGUAUCCGCUUGUUCAUCGUACAAAAGUGACGAAGAGGAGAAUGUUUAUGUUCUUCUGUUUUGCAUCCUUGCUCUCAUCUCUCAUUUUUUCUAGCUUUGCUGAACGGGACCUAUCCUUGCCUCGCAUUACAUUCGCUACCGGAGGAAUUAUGUGCCUGCUGUUUAUUAUAUUCGUGUACAUGAGCAUUUUUUUGACGGCCCGAAAACGGCUGGAUCCUCGCAAUCGACCUGGAGUGGCAGCGCUGAAAAAUGACUCACAGACGAAAUUGAAAAUACGUUUCAUCAGGGAACUUAAGUUAGCGAAAUCGUGCUUUUUAGUCGUAUGUACAUUUGGUUUCUGUUUCCUACCUUCCAUGAUUCUUGCAUCGUCGUUAUUUUCUUAUGUGGAAAGGGAUACAUUUCUUGGUAUCUGGUCCUGGGCGCAUUUCUUAUCCGGACUGAAUUGCUGUUUCAAUUCGUUGAUAUUUUUUGGUCCAAACCAAUGUUAAGGAAAGAAGCGACAAAAGUCUUAAAGAAAUGCUGUUGUUCUGAACUAUCCUAAGAAAGGAAAUAGCUUUGCAAGGAACAUGAUUAUAUACUACAUGCAUGUACAAUAGCUAAACUAACAAGUAUCAAAGAAAAGAACGAAUACUAAGAAAGGAAAUAGCUUGGCAAGGAACAUAAUUAUAUACUGAAUUAUAUACCAAAGAAAAGAACGAAUACUAUAGAAUUUUUGGACAUAGUAAUACACAACAGAUCUAGACGGUACAAUACACGUUUCUCGGUGUACGUAGUUGUUCUUGUAGUACUAACCACUGACAGGGUGCGAUAAGUCGCGUACUUACGUAUCGGAGGUACUCCAAUAUUACGGUCUGGUACUUCCUUGUUUUCUGCCACGUACCACGCGGGCACGUGUAACUCUUGCUAUUUGCGUACUUACAUUUUGCUGGUACCUCAUGACCAAGCCCAAGGUAGUCAAUACCGUUAUUUAGUUGGUAUAUCAUGUGUUUGAGAUGUCUUGGCAUGAAACGUGAUUGGACUGAUGGCACUAAGAAACGUUGGAGUUGAUUGCUUGUGUAUGCAAUUGUGCUUCUUUUCCUACCUCGUAGUCAGAACGUACUUCUCAGAAACCUGUACUUUAUGAACCUUAUUUUAAUGACUAUAAAAUAUACAUUGAGGACAACAACCAUUGGCGUACCAGUCAGGUACGACUAAAAAUAUUGAAUUAUCGCACCCUGACUGAACAGAGGGUAUGAAGCGCCCUGAAUGUACUGCAUCUAAGUUAUUGUUCUGCGUAGGAAUUACUGCAAGUUUUAAACGUACAUCAUCUUUGACUGCAAAACCUUCAUCCGUACGUACGUUGGGAUUCUGCAGACAUUGCUUCAAAACCGUUGAUAAUUAAUGAUUUUUUACGGCAGGGUCGAGUACCAGUUAGCUGGAAUUCUCCACGUGUAAUUCCUCUAUUUGGGUGAUAUCGAGGAUCUAUAUGUCUAUCAGGAUUUAUACAUCUAUAAAGAUACUGGAGGGAGAAGUUCACAGUCGACUCGGUGAAUACUCAAGGGAAGAUAUAUUCUCAGCCCUUACUAGUGUAGUUUUCGAAAAGAGCUUUCAACGGAAUUUGCAGCCCUGUCAUUUACUGACACUAAUUGAACAAAGAAGAUCGACAGGGGCAGCAUCAUAGGGCAGCAUUCAUUGAUUUUCGAGAAGCGUUUGAAAGCAUAUAUCACUCCAUGUUACUGAAGAAACUUCCCGUGAACCAAGAAUAUGCUUGGUUUGAGAACUACUGUAUUUACAUCACAGAAACCAAAGUAUUGGAUAUCAAGGCGUGUUUUUUCGACUCUUGGCCCUUAACUCCCGUCGUUCAUCAGGCUCAAUACUUGACCCCAUGUUGUUUGUUCUGUAUGUUAAUGACCUGCCGAAUGUCGUAACUAAAUAACUGCAGCAUAUACUAUAGUGUGCGCGGCCGAUACUGUUGACUGUUCUGUUUUACGCUGAAUGGUGAAUGACGAACUUGUGUUAAUGGGAACGGUUGCGAGACAAUUGUUUGUUUGUGAAUACCUCAAAAACUGAAUCAAUGUUGUUUGCAACCCAUGCAAAACUGGCUCGUACUGAUAAAUUUUGUAUCAUGAUUAGCGGACGUUCUGUUAAUGGCUCACUGUCACCUCCUAAGCGAUGUGAUUUUUAUGCCAUCGCGACAAAAUAACAAUGUAAUUUUAUUUUAUUUAUCAUGUUGAGAGGCCACAAUUCAAGUUAUUUUCAUAAAUCUAUCUAUAUUGAAGAUACUGUGUGAAUUGGGCAGACUUUUAUGACGUAAUGAGACAUAUAUUGAGUCAUAUAAUAUCGUUACUUCUUUCACACAAAUGCGAAACUUUGAAAAAGUUCACGAACUUUUUCAAAGUUUCACGCCGAUUAAAUCACAUCGCUCAGCAGGUGACACCAUGCCUUUAAGGUGAUAUCAGUAAUUGUUCUGGAAAAGAGGAUUUCCUGAAACUUCCCAGGAGAGAAGUUUAUGAUAUGCUCAUAGUAAAAACAGACAGAAGAGUUGGGGUAACCGGACUCUUUUCGAAAAUAUGAAAAGUACAAUUUGCCACACACCCCCCCCGUAUUGCGCCAUGUUGACCUUUUUACGAGUUACAGGAUCGGAACAAUCGCAAUUGCUCAACCGUUAUUGAAUUUUUCAACAAAAAUCCUGCUAAAAGCGUCUAUCUAGUGAUUAUAUUCAAGAAAACAUUUUAGGGGAUCAAAAACCAUUGACAUGCAUUCUCGUGGUGCAAAGAUGUCUUUUCCCAUCUUCUCAGACAUGUUAUUUUGGGAAGCAUGCUCGAAAAAUGUAAAAUAUUGUAAGUUGUAUAACUUAUUUUUCUCUUAUUUUCCGAUAUGAUACAUAUGUGAAACGGACAGAAGAACAAAAAUAUAAAAAAUUAAGGUCACGGACCUUCUUAAAGAGAUACAGGAGAUACUUGUAACAAGGGUAAAAUAUGCAACAUGAUGUGGUUUAGUAUUAGUUGCACAGGGGCCUUGCCAGAGUUCUAUCAUUUUUGAAGGUAUAUUUCCUGAAGCCUGCCUAAUCAAUGCAGGGUGUUUUCUUUUUGCCCUUACUCUUCCUUUAUCACUGUACCUUAAUUUGCACUUGGACUAUAUAUAUUAGCUAGAAUUUGUUAUUAGAUAUGGGCAGUAAAACUGCGCAAUGCAAAACUGAUGAAUCACCUUAAGUGAGUACCUGGAGUUAACUGUCUUAGAGCUUUAUUUGACAAAUGAGUUACAUGGAAAUCUCAUAUUAAUUAUAUUUUGUCCAAGGCUGGUAGGAGAAUAGGGAUGCUAGGGUGUAUCGGAAAUGAUCCCUAUAAUUCGCCCUACUCUUGAAUAUUGUGUCACAGUGUGGAAUUGUUGUGCAUGGAAUAGUAAAUGCCAAAAAAUUGAAAAAAUGUGAGCUAUGGAUAUGCUAGAUAGUGACGUUUUGAAAUUACUAAACAAAUGUACACAAGGAUGUUAUGUUCGAUUUUCAAAAAGAUCCUUUUAAUAGUGAGGUGUAAAUAUAAACAUUCUCAUCCCUUGUAACUUACUACAAUAUUUCUUCCAUAAUCUAUAGUUUACUGUAUGUAUAAUUUGCCAUCCGUGAAAAGCCGAGCCGUAAUACUGCAUGUAUACAUUCGGGGCCAACGUCUCCACGCACUAUGCUUGUCCAAAUGUCAUCCACAUAUUGAGGACAAUUAUCGACUUUUAACGUCAACCGAAUUAUUCCCCGUUCGUAAAUAUUUUGACCAAAGACAUAUUCAGCCCAAUCUCUCUUUCUACAGAUUCGGGUUGUUCCUGAGCGUAGUAUGCUGCCACAGACCCAUCUUUUUCCACUUUCAUUCCCUGAUUAUAUUCUUUAAAUGACUCCGUUACGUUGGGAAACAUUUCAUCGCCAAGUUCGAGAUAUUCAAUGAUUGAGCAUAAGCAUGGGGAUUUGGUGGCGCACAGCAAGCGCCAUUUACCUCUGUGAUCGUGGGUUCGAUUCUCGCUACGGAUUCAUGUGAAAAAGAGAGUCUGUGUACGCUCUGCCGGAAGUCGUGGGGUUUCUCCUGGCGCUCCGGUUCCUCCCAUGGGGAAAGUUGACAGGGCGCGUGUUAGGAUAAACAUAAUUAGGAAAGUAAUAUCACAAUUGUUAUAAAGAUAAAUAGUCUAGGCUACGAAUACAUAAUAUUUGAUUUAAUCGGUCACUGGAAAACCUGAUGGCAAGGGAACUGAAUAAUGUGUGUGAAUUAUUCACUUGAUCUGAGCAAAUGUAGGCAAGGUCGCAGGUUCUUCAGCAUGCAGUUGGAAUUUUCUUUGCGCGAAGAUCAUCCAAAAUAGAAGCAAGAUAUGUGGGAUUAAAAUCUAGAAAAAUCCGUCCGUCCUUGUCUUGUGACAUGUUGUCUUUCCAACGCCCACUGCACGUUGAUGCAAGUAAAGAACCUUCAACUUCACACAAUAUAGUUCUUUUUGUCGUCAUUGUUUGACCACUGACAUUUAAUUCGAUAACGUCAUCAUCUCGGCCUUCCAUCCUUUUAUUUAAAGUAUUUUCCUUUGUUGCUUUUGAAGGUCUAACGUGGUAACUUUCGCUUUGUAACUUUCAGUAUAUUCCUUUGGCUUUCGUGUGGUGACUUUCGGUAUGUUCCUUUGGCUUAGCCUCUGGGCUUUGGCUGAAAAUUGGCUUUCUCUGACCGGUUUCUUGUACUAUGAACUGAGAGGAAAUAAUUAGCCUUCUCUUGCUAUUUUAUAUUUUUACUGAAUUAAGCAAGAAAAAUUAUUUCAUCGACUCGCUGAAUAUUCAGAGAGAAUAUUUGAUGUUAUUUAACUAUUUUCUGAGAAGUCUAUUUCUUGGAAGCGGCAGAUAAAAAUAGGUACUCUAAGCGUUCUCAUAUGACCCAGACCUAACUAAGGUAUUUGCAUAUUGAAGCAGUGUAAAGGAGACUAGAGGAAUUAUAUUACAACGCCUGUUUUGUAAUAAUCCUCGUGAGAGGAGAGACAUUUCACAUGAUUUCGCACUCGUAGAGGAAUGAACUUGGGUAUUACCAAACUUUUUGGCAAGCCGGGGGGGGGGGGGAGAAUUUUCGGACAUACCUUUUUCACUAACUUACCGAAAUGUGUACAAUUUUUCAGUAAUACUUUCGUUUUUCAAAAGUUUAUAAAUGCUGCUACCUAUAUUGACUUGUGUCUGAGUUGAAACACGUAAUGCUUGCAAAGAAUGUAUGCUACGAAUAUUAUAAGUAAUUCGUCAUAAUCAUUUCAACUAAUUUACGAAAACAUAAUAUUAGAGAUUAUUAUUAAAGAUUUUCUGAUACAUAUUGCUCGUUCCUAAAACGCCGUCCAUUUUGACAACGUUUUAUAUACGAGUAUCUCUGAAGAUUCAAGUUAGGCUAAGAAUAUAUGUACAGCAUCUGCGCAAUGGAUUUUUCAUUAUCGCUGUGAAAAACUGCAUCCAUUUUCAUUGCUAUUUCUUCUGUAAAAGAAAGUAACGCAGGGCAUUUAUACAUACUUUAUUAUGUGACAACAUGAUACCUUUUGAGUUUACAAACUCCAUAAGUUUAAUGAAACUAAACGCUGUGGUUUAAUGUUUCACCUUUCAUUCUUUGACCUUUCUCAAUAUAUUGCUGAUGAGUCUGAGCUGAGGAAAUACAAUGCAUCUAAAAUAGGUCUUUUUACCGAGCUUUUUUUGCGCAGUAAUAUGCUUGACCUUUAUCAGAAAACAGGAAGUAUAUUCGUAGUUACAUCCUGCGAUAUUGGCGGCUUUGCGACUUUUAUAUAUAAAGAUAUGACACCACUCGAUAUGCUAGUCUUGUGCGCACAAUAGGGUUAGUGUUGUGAUUGGAAUCGAAGUCAAAGAGAAAGUCGUGUGCGAAACAUGAUUAUAAUUCCCUAUUUAUUAAGGCCUGAUUCCACGAACGCUUUUUCUCGGCGAAAUGCGAAUUAUUUCGCCUGUUUCUUUUGAAUUGCGACUACUAGAAUAAAUUAUUUCUACUUGAUUGCUCACAAUUCAAAAGAAACAGGCGAAAUAAUUCGCAUUUCGCCGAGAAAAAGCGCUCGUGGAAUCAGGCCUUUAAGGAUUGCUGUUCUCGUUAUGCAAGCAGUUUUGAGUCCUUCUCAAUUCCGCACCUUGUGUGAAAAUAUAUUUCAAUAUUGGUGGUUACUUUUAAUCAAUCAGUACCUAUCGCGCAUGCAUGUCGAUUAUUAAGUUGUAUUCGCCCACUCGUAAAAUAAAAUCUUGCUGGUAAUGGGCUAUUGUGCCAAAGUCGUGCAUGUUUUUUAAGUACUCAUGCGUGCUUUCAAUUAUAGGCAAUUCAUGGCUACAGGGAAUCUGAAAAGGAAAAUUGGUCGAAGCCUUGUAUGAUGGUGUUCAAAAGAAUGAAGGAUGCCUCCUUUGACUCUACACAUGCACUGUUGCCUUACGUACAUGUUUUGGAUCUGGAUUCAAAGGGGUAGGUGUAUUACAGAAUUUUCAUGCAUGGGCGCAUCGAUAAUAUUGUAAUCAUAUCGAAAUAAUUUUAAUAAUUAAUAAAACACAAAGGUAAUCAUGACUGCAUGAUAUCUGGUACAAAAUUUUGUUAAUUGAUAUAUUGUACGCUCAGUUAAACAUGUUUUCAAAAUUGCGGGUUCGUUUUAUUGUUAUGACCCAAAUUAAACUUCACUAUCUGGUGGAUAUAGCCUUAUUCUACCUUCGUAUGACCAACCGUAUUAGUUAUCCUUAAUUGGACGGGAAAGAAGAUAUCCUUAAUUGGACGGGAAGAAUUGUACUAUUCAUUAUGUCAAUAUAAAUGCAUUUCAUCAAAUUUAUUUUCAGAUUCAUCAAGCCUCAUGUUGAUAGUGUGAAGGUGCAGUGUGUUAUUGUUCAAUGUUUUUCUUGCAUGCGACACAAAUUCUGGGAAAUUUUAGAACGCACUUUUGCUAGUCGACCGGUAUAUACUUCACGUGAUCCUUAUUAUAGUGUAUCAGAUUGAUCCCUAUACUCCCACCCCAUGACCCCGCUCCUAGCCCACAUUUUCUUUAAGUAUAUUUUGUUGCUGACGUAAUUUAUGCAAUUCAUAUGUACUUGUAUUUUGUCAUUUUAAUUUGUGGUUUAUGUAUCCUUUCGAUACUGAUUGGCUGAGAGAGUGCAAUUCUUUUGAAGUUGUGCAAUUUCUGUAGUGCAAAUUGACAAGACGUGUAAGAGCACAGUGUUAAAACGAGGAAGGGAAAAUCAACGUGAUACUAGCAAUGUAACUUUUCAUUUUUGACGAAUUUUUGUACACUUUUAACUGAAAAUCAGAUGUUAUCGAAGCGUGUAAUUCUUUCAUGUAUAUCAUUAACUUGCGAACUCGUGCAAUUUUGAUCGUCUUUGAAAAACGCGCUCGUGCAGUUAGUUUUCAAAUCUCUCUUGAAACCUUACUAUCAAUGUACGUACGAUGCUAAUUAAACGAUAAGGUCAUUGCGCUUUACGCUUUUAGUUUUGUGGUUCAACAAUAGCUGGACUGAGUCUCUUAUCACCAUCAAUAAUGCGGUUUCGUCACGAAAGCUUCAAGCGUGUCACAAUAGAUGCUCUCCUCUCUCGGCGAUCUCUAUACAUUUGCAGGUGAAGUACACACGCACACUUUUCUACGGUACGCUGAUUUUAUUUCACAACAUUUUCUAGUUCUAUUUUACCUACUGGUGGUAUUACUAAAAAAAUUUCCAUGUAACAACAACAACAACUCACAAUAAUAAUAGUG